AUGUUUCCAAAUUUAAAAAACGUCAAACUCUAUCCAAAAAUACAAAACGUGGAUAUGACAAAAUUCUUCACACAACGACAAAAACGAUUCCACAACGUUAAAAUCAAAUUCGACACGGCAACGAUCGAUUACGAAUUCCUCAAAAACGUGUCGAGUUAUAACAUCGAAAAUUUAAAGAUUAAGUUGGACGUCGAAAACGAAAUUAUUAGUCGUGUCGCACUCAUUCCAAAAAUAUUCUCAUAUGCUCAUAUUGUUGUUGAAGAUUGGUUCGAGAAUAUUGACGAUAGGAUUUAUGUGAAGAACAUGACUUUUAGGUACAAAAACGAAAGUCUAUACACAAAAUAUCUUCCAAAUAAAAUCAUGUUUACAAGCGAAUUUCAAUUCGAUUUGACAAAUUGGAAUUCUGUCCAGAACUUGACUGUUGAUAGCAAGGUUUCGUUUCGCGCACCAACAGAGAUUACAUCACUCUCUAUAAAAGGGACGUGUGAGAAUAUUGAGGAAUGUUGUCAUUUGCGCGAACUUAAAAUAAUUGGAGAGAAUGAGAUUGUCGUUCCAAGCACUGUGGAAAGUCUGAAAUGCGUCAAAUGCCAUCAAAAAUUACUGAAAAUUGACAAUUUCCGUUAUAUUAAAAAGUUGAGUUUGACCAAACAAAAAACGUGGGAUUUAUCGGCCUUUACUGGUUUAACGAGUCUCAAAUUAAAGAAGUCGACAAUCCUUAGUAAUUUAAAUCAUUUACAAUUCCUUCAGAAAAUUGUAAUAGACGAAUCGUACUGUUGUGAUGAAAAGUGGUGUUAUCCAUCUUCUGUUCAAGUUUUAGUCUGUGAGUCGAAGGACAUUGAAAAUGAAUGUCCUAUGACGUCGUUAACAGUGAGUUGUGAAGUUGUCCCAUUUGAUAUGAGAAGUUGUCGAGUAGAAGAGAUAUGUAUUAAAGAUGGAUAUCCAGAAGGAACUGUAUUGCCACUACGGAUCAAACGAGUGUUUUUAGAUGGAGUGACUGUCAAGGAAUUGAAUUUUGAAGAAUAUGAUGCGAUGGAAGAGCUUUGGAUGACUAAUUGUUACAUAGAUGAUAUGACCUUCCCAAUCAAUUUGAAGCAACUUGUUAUCUAUUCGUUCUGUGAGUUCCAGAAGACUAACUUGAACGAAGUAAAAUUAGAAAAGUUCACGAUAUGUUCGAGAAAAUUUAAUAUCGAAGAGGUCAAUGAAGACUUGAAAGAAAUUUUUGUGGAUAACAAAGACUUUAAGAAGGAAGUAUACUCCCGCUUUAAAAAGCUUCAAAACAUUCGCUUCAUUGGUGGCAUUGGAAUGAAAUAG